AUGGUAGAGGUACCCGAGGAAAGCAAUAUAGAUUUUGACACAGUGGCCAAGAUGUUUUUGGUGAAGUAUAAGGAUUUCAUUCUAUCAAAAUUUAAGAGAACUGAGCCUGUAAAGAGUAUAAAAUUUCAGAAUUUAAUUCAUUCAAACCAUUUCGCACAAAACCUAUUCGGACAGAGUCAACACCUCUGUAUGAUUUAUGACAAUCCUGCAUGGCAUUCUAUAGUUCUGGAAACUUUAGAUCUGGAUCUUAUAUAUAGAAACGUAGAUAACGAAUUUGCCAAAGAUGGGCUCGAAGAUGGCGAUAUCAUAUAUUCAGAUUACCUAGUAAAGGAAUUACUACGCUACUUCAAGCAAGAUUUUUUCAAAUGGUGUAAUAAACCAGAAUGUGAUCAUUGCGGCCAGAACACUUCAGAAAAUAUGACAUCUAUGGGCACCCAAGGGCCCAAUGCAGAGGAAUCUAAGUUCAAUUGCGGGACUGUUGAGGUCUAUAAAUGUAAUCUCUGUGGAAACGUUACUAGAUUCCCUCGUUACAACGACCCUAUCAAGCUGUUGGAGACAAGGCAGGGUAGAUGUGGUGAAUGGUGUAACUUAUUCACUUUGAUUCUGAAAUCAUUUGGUUUAGAUGCUCGCUACGUCUGGAAUAGGGAAGACCAUGUCUGGUGUGAAUAUUUUUCACCGCACUUGAAUAGGUGGGUUCACGUUGAUUCUUGUGAACAGUCGUUUGAUCAACCUUAUAUUUACUCGGUGAAUUGGGGCAAGAAAAUGAGUUACUGUAUAGCGUUUGGUAAAGAUGGUGUAGUUGAUGUUAGCAAGAGAUACAUUCUUCAAAAUAGGCUGCCCAGAGAUGAAAUUAAGGAAGAGGACCUAAAAUUUUUGUGUCAGUUCAUAACUAAGAGAUUAAGGGCAUCACUAAAUGACGACGAGAUAUACCAAUUGGCAUGUCGCGAUGAGCAAGAAGGGAUAGAGUUAAUUACAGGAAAGGUAAAAGAAACGGAAACAAAGGGGAACGCUACGGCUUCAAAGACUUCUAAUAUUGGCAGAGAAAGCGGAUCGGCGGAUUGGAAAGCUCAACGUGGGGAAGACGGCAAAUAG